AUGGAAGACAAUGAGAAAAAAAAAAGAAUUCGUGACGGUGAAGCGUAUGAUCUUGGACUACAAGAAUUUUUCAAGUCUCCGGAGCGUAUUAUUAAUUUAGAUGAACUUGGUAUGUCUUUGUGUCCAAAGACUGGGAAAGUUUUAGGUCCAAAAGGAGAAAAAAAUUUGUACAGAAUCGCUACAGGAAUGGAAAAUCAUAUAAAAUAA